AAAAAAACGGGGUUAGGCGAAGGGUUGGUGUGAAGACUAGAAAAGUAAAUGUCAUUACGCAUUUACAACAGCAACCACUACAGUACAACACAAUUAUCUGGAGCAAGAUACCAUUUCUGACAACUACCUACAAUGUCAGGAGCAGAAGACGGAGAAAAGCCACCCAAAAUUACGCAUGAGGAGCGCCUGUCCAGAGUGUUUGACGAAGUGAUGGGGCUUGGAGACUUUGCUGACUCCUCCAGGAGCUCUUUCAUCUCUUCCCCAAGUGGAGGUCCGGACGAGACAAAGGGAGUAGACAAAACUUCAGGACAAGGGGAACACCAGCCGGUAGAAGAAGAGGAUAGCAGCAGCAGCAGACCGGAAGAAAAGAUUGAUGAGGGGAUGGGAGAGUCAUCCUUUCCUCGCAUUUCCUCCCCUCCCUCUGUCCGAAACUCCUCGUUUACCAUGGGAACCAGCGAAGGAGGGGGAGGAAGUGGAGGGGCAGCAUUUGAUGACGCACUGGAUGGCCUUCCUUCUUAUGGGCCAGAAGAAGAAGAAGAAGGAGAAGAAGAAGAAGAUGAAGACUGGCACUUUGCCAUGCAAAUGGACACCCUGGAGGAUGUUAAUGUGGGCAAGACAAACCCAGAAAGAGCCCAACCAGGAGUGGGGAACAACGCAACUCAAGACGAACCCUUUGCGCGUCAGCCCAGAGAGGAGCAAGAGCGGGAAGGGAGCAGUGGGUCUGCUAACACCUCCCACUCCUCCCAGGACAAUACACCUGACAACAGCCGAGAUGGAGGCGUCCUGAACCAGACAGAUGAGACCGAAGAUAGCCAGCAGGGAGAGAGGUCAGACGCAGCUCCAAUGGCGGACAGUAAUCCCCCAAUGUCUCCUAGUAUCAAUAUUAAAGAUGAGCCCAUUGAUGAGGGCUACGAUGCUGCUUUACUGCCUCAGAGCUCCAUCAGACAAAUCAAAGAGGAGCUGGAGCAUCAGGAGGAGGAGCUGAGGAUCAGCUCUGUCUACUCUGUAGGUGGAGGGAACACCUUUGCAUCUCCUACCGUGCCAGCUGCAGUCCCAGCUCCUACUCCAACGGCCAUUUUUAUCCCAGGUAGAGGACAGCAUGUCCUACAAGCUAUAGCUCCCCUCCCUCUCAGACCGCCAGCUCCAAUCCCCAGUUCACUACCAGCUCUGGUACCAGCACCCCCACGCCCACCUCCGCCUGCCGUUCCUGGUAGCGUUCGCUGCAGUGGCUGCUCUAAGGUUCUUCUGAAAGGCCAAACAGCAUUCCAAAGGAAAGGUUCGACGCAGCUCUUCUGCUCCACGGUCUGUCUGACUGGUCAUCUGCCUCCAGCUAACAAGAACCGAUCCUGUUUUCAGUGCAACAGGGAGAUUCUUCAGCCCAGGGACAUGAUCACGAUUCCAUCAGACGGCAACACCUACUUUUACUUCUGUGGCCAGUUUUGUUUGUCUGUCUUUAGACACAAGAAGAAAACCGUUGACAAAGUUCCUGAUAAAUGGGCUGACAAACGAGUGGAGAAGAAACCCGAGAAGCCGCCUGAGAAACCAGUGGAGCGCCCACCUGAAAAACCCUUCUGCAGUGUCUGCAGAGUCUCCAAUAGGCAGAUUGAGCAUGAGGUCACCCAUCAGGGUCGUCUGCACAGACUCUGUAGUAAUGCUUGUUUUGUAACAUGGCGCAAGAUGCGGCAAUUAGCCAUGAACUGCUGUGAAGGCUGCGGACUUUACUGUAGUAGCAGCUCAGGCUCCUGUCAGACGCUCACAAUUGAAAGAACUCAGCUCAACUUCUGUGGUCCGACCUGCAUUGGCACCUACAAACAGACCUGCAGAAAGACGGUUACGUGUGCCUACUGUCACAAAAUGGCUGUAGUGUCCUCCACCCUUAUGGAACGAGACCAAAGGGGCAAAGUUCAGCUUUACUGUUCAUCUGCUUGUGUGGAACAGAGUCGACCACCCCCACACAUUCUCACAGGUGCUGCAUUCCCCUGCUGCCAGUGCAGGGUGUCUGCUGUUCCUCAGUAUCAUCUGGCCAUGGUGGACGGCACCAUUCGUAACUUCUGCUCUUAUGACUGUGUCUCUACAUACCGGAAGUCCGGGGACACCUCUCAGCCAGACUUGACCAAUGGAACCUCUGUUCUCAGGGACUCCCUCAGAGAUCCCCCCAAAGCCGGGCCCUUUCCCGGAGCAAGCUCAGUCCCUCCCAUCCCUCAGGACUACCCAUCUUCAGUGCCCUACUCGGGCCACCAUCCCAGUCAUACCUCAGUGCCCCCACUGGUGCCCAACUACCCAGCUAUGUCCUCCCCCUCUGUCCCUGGGCAAGCCCAGGCCAGAGCACCUGCUGAUCACUCCUUGAAACCAGCAGAAGGCGGGCCCAGUGACCCCUCCAAGCUGAACUGCCAUCAGUGCAGCAAACAAUUCAACAUGAAGCCGCUGCUAUUCAGUAACCAAGGUCGUAUUUCUAUGUUCUGCAGUAGGACUUGCUGUGAUCAGUAUAAAACCCAGAAGAACAUCCUGAUGGUGUGUGAGUUCUGUAAACAGGAGAAAGUGCCCUUUGACAUCAUCAGUUACAACCAACAGGACCUGAUCUUCUGCAGUGAGAACUGUAAGCUUCUCUUCAAACAUGAUAUUACAUCUCGUAACAAGGAUCAUCCCUGGCGUCCCUGCACCUACUGCUCCGGCAUCGGCCAGAAGAUGCUGCACAGUCACUACGGAGGCAAGAUGGAGGAGUUCUGUAAACCCCACUGCAUGUCCCAGUACACUGUGCUCUACUAUGGGAUGGGUCGAUGUGACAGCUGUAGGAAACAAAGCUAUAUGACUGAGAAGCUGCAGUGUUUGGGUUCAGUCCGUAAUUUCUGCAACCUGACCUGCCUGUUGCAGUACUGCCACCUGCAUUUUGAGACGAGCCAACACACCAGCAGUAACGGUACUGGAGCGGCCCCACAAGCACCAUAUGCGCCAACCCAGCCCCACCACUCCUCAAAAAUGAAUCCUGUCAUAGCUGGUGUCGUGUCACUGGCCAAUGGCUCUGCCACUCAGCCCAGUGUGUCAGCAGAUACUGCUCUUACUGCUGCUUUGUUUAUUUCUGCCGUUUUUGUUUUUAAUGUCCUUUUCCAGGCCAGUACUCAGACUGAUGCCAUGGGAGUGCCUGUGUCCCGUCGACGUCAAAUGAAGAACAAGUCGGUUCUGUGUCGGCCCUUCACUAUGGACCAAGAGAGCAUGUGCCAGCUGCCCGCACCUUCCACUGAUUUAGCAGCUCCGUCUCUGUUUUCAGUUAGCUCACCUGCAGGAGAGGAGAAGGUGAAGGUGUUGAUUGUGCCGGUCCCAGUACCGGUCUUCAUUCCAGUGCCUAUGAACAUGUACUCCCAGCACACACCUGUUCCAAUGGCUAUGCCUGUGCCCGUUCCAGUACCUAUGGUAGUACCACCACAGAAAAAGGACAUGAAAGAUGCAGCGGUCCAGUCAGAGCCUUUGGCUGUGGAGGAAGAAAAACCGAAAGAUAGGCCUGUUUACAGUGCAGACCAGAGCAGAUCUUACAGUGGAGAUAUGAAUACAGAGGUUGUUACUCCCAUAACCCGUGAAGAAAAAGCAGUACAAGCCGACCUGCCACUUACUGUGAGUUCAGAGAGGAGCCCAGAGUCGACUGUUCCCUUACUUAAUACCCAGCCAGAGAGGAGCCCAGAGUCGACUGUUCCCCUACUUAAUACCCAGCCAGAGAGGAGCCCAGAGUCGACUGUUCCCCUACUUAAUACCCAGCCAGAGAAGAGCCCAGAGACGACUGUUCCCCUACUUAAUACCCAGCCAGAGAGGAGCCCAGAGUCGACUGUUCCCCUACUUAAUACCCAGCCAGAGAGGAGCCCAGAGUCGACUGUUCCCCUACUUAAUACCCAGCCAGAGAAGAGCCCAGAGUCGACUGAUCCCCAACUUAGUACCCAGCCAGAGAGGAGCCCAGAGUCAACUGAUCCCCAACUUAGUACCCAGCCAGAGGAGACCACGGCAACAAGCGACCCACCUACCACCAGUGCUGAGCAUCAACCCCCCUCCUCUCCAAUGAUGGACUUGGAGACUGACAUCCCGUCUGAAUCGUUGGAUCAGACAUCAGUUGCUCCACAGCGAGGAGUGAAGAGGCCCAGAGAAGGUUUCCCCAGCCGGAAACGAGGUCGAAGGCGAACUGUUGCAUCAACCCGCAGUGCAGUGGUGACUCCAGCCGCCUCUAAACUGGACCACCUGUAUGGAGUUAAAGCCUGGAAGAGCUGGGUCCAACAACGAAACAAGCACCAGAGAGAAUCCAAUCCAGUGGAUAUUAAAGAAGACAUCCUUCAGUGUGACUCUGCUGAGCUCAGCUAUGCUCUGUCUUGCUUCAUCCGAGAAGUGAGACGGCCCAAUGGAGAGACCUACAGCCCAGACAGCAUCUUCUACCUCUGUCUGGGGAUACAGCAGUAUCUGUUCAUGGAGGGCCGCAUAGAAAACAUCUUUAACGACCCGCUGUACAGUCAGUUUGCUACCAAGAUCAGUGGGAUGCUGCACCUCUGGAAACCUAAACUACUACCUAAUGGUGGUACUGUUUCCUCCCGUAUUGUGGAGUCCUACCUAUGGGAGUGUAAGCAGCUGGGCGCCUACUCCCCCAUAGUGUUGCUCAACACACUGCUCUUCUUCUGCACAAAGAACUUCCGCUUCACCACGCUGGCGCAGCAUCAAAGCCUCUCCUUCACCAACUUUACUCGACACUCCAAACCCUGCAACCGAGCCGGCAAAGUCCACUACCUCCGAUACCAGAGAAGCAGCGCUGCCACACCCCACACAGAGCGAUACAGAAAAAGGCAGGGAGAGGAAGAGGGAGACCUAGAGAUGUUUGAAAAUGUCGCCAAUCCUCUACACUGUCCCGUCAGACUCUAUGAGUUCUACCUCUCCAGAUGCCCUGAGUCGGUAAAGAGUAGGUCUGACCUGUUUUUUCUGCAGCCUGAACAGUUUGUGCACCCUCAAAGUUCCCACUGGUACACCUUUCAACCGUUAGAGGGCGCCACUCUACAAAGCAUGCUCACGCGCAUCCUGGCCGUCAGAGAGGUUCACCAGGAACAUGAAGCAGCCCAACAUCAGUCCCCAGCCACCGCUGAUAAUGACAGUUUACAGUGAUAUGGAGCUCUGCCUAUUCACACCCUGCUUAUGAUCUUCUCUGCAACGGAAACCUUCGCCAAUGCUGAACAGUUCUCAGUGAAUUGCAGCCGUAGGUACGCCCAUCAGUCAUUCAGACGAAGAUUGACGGGUCUCUGAAAAAGGAAGACCAAACAAAGACACAAUGAAAGGGGACCCAUUGUCACAAAGAGACAAACUUAAAGAACGUUACAAAAAAGUGUGGGAUCGUUGUAUUUAGUAACCUCAGUAGUUCCCCACAUAAACGCACAAUGAGUUUACAAACAUCCAAUACUCUAAAAUAUGAAAAAGGGAGUACAUUGUUCUUUUCUCAUCGUGUCACACCAGAGUGAUAUUUCUCAUUUCUCUCAUGUGGUUUGUUAAGUUUUUUUUAAAGUUUUUUUUUUUACUAUCAGUAAUGGUCCAUGCCAAGCCUGUCAAAUUAACUUUUUAUUUCAAAAAGCAGACUUCUGCAAUACUAAACCGGUAUGAGCAGCAAACUGAGAACAGCCGGUUGUUGACGAGAGUUUACAUCCAUUAAGCACUGUCGGAUCUGUUUGUUAAGGGGUUUAAAUGAGUAUUUACUUGUACGGUAUACGUUUUAAAGUCUGAUACUGGUAUUUAAAGCAACACUGCGUAACAUUGUUUAUUUUUUUGCAAUUUUUCGCCCCUACAGUUUCAGAGUUUAAUUCACUUCUACACUGCUGUCAUAAUAUGGUCAGCUGUACAUAUGCAUUUGUUAUGAUUACAUAACUUAGAAAAGAAACUUUAAUCUUAUUCAUCACAUACAAUUUGACUGCACAGUGUAGUGAAAUUAAAUUAGGGCAUUGAACCCAUCCUAAGUAUUAGGAGCAGUGGACAGCU